AUGACCCCACUUAGUGGGGUCUCCGAAACAGUCGGUCAAGACUAUCACAUUGAGCUCAUAUGCGUAUACGCUACAAAUGUAAGGUUCAUCCAACUUUUGCCAAAUGAAAACCUCUGCUUAGUGUUUCUUGACAGUGGCAGUGUGGGCAUGUGGUAUGUGUUCAGGGUCCUUAAAAUCAAACAAAGUCAAAUUCAUCAGACUGGUUCUCAAUGGCUUGACUACGACACAAGCGACAAUGGCAACAUCUACUACACGGACGGCAAGCAGCUAGUGCGGCUAAGAUUCAAGUACAACAUUCAGAUUGACGAGUGCAUUGUCCACACCUUGAGAAUGGCAGUCCCCGGCGUCCAGGUCUGCAGUUGGCUAUACCACAGAGAAGAAUUGGUUUGCAGCCAGCUCUGCUGCAAAAAAAAUUUUCAGAUGGAGUAUAAAAAGCAGCAGCUCGUUUCUGCAACGUACUAUGUACCAAGGCAGCCGAAAACUAAUUUGGAAGGUGCGAAGCAGCCCAGGGGUAAAUUAUAUGAAAAAUAUACCCGUAUACUAAAAGAUUUGCGUGCUUCAGGAUUACGGUCGAAAGAGUCCGAACAGCCAACAACUGUUCAUGACGAUGGAGUAAAGAGAGAUGAACAGGGUGAAAUGAAGGAAGACCUGGAGUGGUUAAGACGAUGCCUCGAACCCGAGGUUGAGGCUACUGAGCGGUGGAGUAGGACUUCCGAUUAUCGCCUCCAUUCCUUAAGAGCUACUCCUACUAGAAAAAAAGGGAAUUCGUCGUCAAAUUAA